UAGGCUAUGUUAGCGUUGCAAAGACAAUUGCCUCUGGCUAAUCGUUUGUAAGACGAGUGCAGUAUACCGACAUGGUUACAUCAAGCGAAGAAACGAGGACAAAAACAAAAUUCUAUGUUUUUGCUAUAUCAGUGUUUAUCACAUUUGGAUCAUUUUUUGUAAUAAUGGCUUUGCAAUCGAGUAUCAACAUCGAAGAUGGUUUGGGAAACAAAGCAGUUACAACGGGUUAUGCAUCCUCUAUUGUAUGUGCGUUGCUUGUCACACCUGUUUUGUUGAGGAUUCUCAAACCAAAAGUAGCGAUCAUUUUCAGCGACGUAUGUUAUCUUUUAUACGCAGCUUCUAACGCUUAUCCAUCUUUAUAUACAUUGAUACCAGGAAGUAUAUUAGUUGGAAUCGGUUCUGCGACAACGUGGCCUUGUACUUCUCUAUUCAAUGUUUACUUCGGAUUAGAACACUGGCGAUUCUCAAGUGGAACUCCAGAUUUCUAUGUUCAAUCAUAUACUGCUAAAUUCUUUGGAGUAUUUCAAUUUAGUCAGGUUAUUGGAAACGCUAUUACCACAAUCACUUUCCAACAGACAAAUAAUAAACAAAACCAAACAAGUUCUGAGAACAAUACGAAGGUGGCGAAUUCAUAUGAAAAUAAAACAUCGGCAUGGAGACGAAACGUGUCGGUUUGUGGUGCCAACGAUUGUCAAGAUCCAAAUAUAACAUCACAAAAUUUGCAACAAUAUGUUCCGCCUACGAAUAAAUCGUUGUAUAUUGUUGUUGGUGUACUAUCAACGCUUAUUAUUCUGUCAAUUAUCGUAAAAGUCAUGUUUCUGCCGAAAAUACCAGCAUGUGUGCAAUUGCCAAAGAAAAAAAGUUACCCCAAAAGCAAAAAUCGUAAUCAAAGUUCGGUUCCAAUGGUAUUGAAUGAUAAAGAUGCUGGAGAGAUUGGUGACAUUGUUUACAAGGAAACAGAAGUUUUAAGUACACCUCAACAAAUAUCUUCGGAUAUGGAAGAGGUGGCGCAGAAGAUAAGCGUAUUUAAUUUAUUGAAACAAACAACGAAGGCGACCUUUCUUCAUUUUAUAAGCCUGCAACAUGUACUGGUGGCAGGAAUCACAUUUUACAAUGGUAUUAUGAUGUCAUUUGUCUAUUCAGAACUCACCAGAGCUUAUGCAUCUUGUGUAUUGGGAUUAUAUCAGGUUGGAAUUGGUAUUAUCAUUUACGGACUUGGAGACGUAAUAUUUUCAUUCUUUGUCGCUAAGACGCCAACCACUGGAAUGUGGAGAAAUUUCCCAGUGUUACUCGCCUUCACAGCUGAUAUAUUAAAUUACUUAUUUUGUCUCACAUGGGAACCGAACGCAGAUAAUCCAUGGGUUAUAUACUUAUUUUUUCUCGGAUUUGGAUGUUCUGAUGGCAUCUGGCAAACGUUAUCAAAUUUUCGAUAUGGAGAAUACUUUAGUCGUCGGAAAGAUAUUGCUUUCACAACUUGGAAUCUAUGGAUAAAUUUUGGAUUUUUUGUUCAAUACUCACUCAGUUCAUAUAUGUGUGUUUACAAGAAGAUAUACAUGAAUAUGGCAUUGCUUAUAGUCGCGUCAGUUUUAUACGGUUUCGCAGAAUACAGAUAUUUGACAAUGAUACGAGUCAGCAAGUAGAGUGGAACUCUUAGUAUAUCUGUGUUCAUCCAACGCAUUUGUUUUAACUUGGUACAUAUCGAUUCCGGCGUUCAUUCCCGUAAUGUUGUACUGUAUAACAUAAUUACCUUUGGUUCUUGUGAUAUUUAUUAUCGUUUACCAUUUAUGUUCUCUCGCUGAAAAUUUGUAUAUUAACCAAUGUUGUUUCAACACAGAUUAAAUGAACAUGCCUAUGCAACUUUGUUGUUUUUUGAGCUCUUUACAGUUGUCUUGUCACUGAACAAGCAUUUUGAAGAUCUGCAAAAGUAGUGUUAGAGGUGAUGCGAAGUAUGCUCGUUAAGUAAAAUCCACGGAAGCUUCUGCGUAGAAACAAAGCUCAUCUCUAUGAAAGGAAAUCCUCAGAAAAUAAGAAGGUUCACUGAACCGGAUAACAUACAUUGUAUGAAUAACCAUGUUUCCUACCGGUUUUUCCUUUUCCGUUAUAUUCAUAGUAAA